CUUCCUCCCCUCCCGUAUUCCUCACAUCUUUAAAAAGGUACAGCCUCUCACUUCUGCAUUCCAGGUCGGGUCGAUCGACCCUAUCCUCUUUCUCCUUUCCCACUCGUUCCCUCCAUCCCUAACUGGUCUCACCUCAUUGGUUUCUCCUUUCCCUGAAUCCACAAGUGAAGAUGCCCGCCAACGGGAACCGCCCCUUGAAGUUGCAGUUUGGUCUAAUCAACCACGAGGGUCGCUACCUCACCGCGGAGGCCUUCGGCUUCAAGGUGAAUGCCUCAGCUCCGAGCCUGAAGAAGAAGCAGAUAUGGACCCUAGAGCAGGACUCCCAGGUGGUCUACCUGCGUAGCCACCUGGGACGCUACCUGGCCUCGGACAAGGACGGCAAAGUCACCUGCGAGGCCGACGGACAAAACUCGGACUGCCGCUUCCUCAUCGUGGCCCAAUCGGACGGUCGCUGGGCCCUGCAGUCCGAGCAGCACCUCCGCUUCUUCGGCGGCUCUCGGGACUACCUGUCCUGCUUCGCCCAGGUAAUAACAGAUGCCGAGCUGUGGGCGGUGCACCUGGCUCUGCAUCCGCAGGCCAACCUGCUGUCCGUGGCCCGCAAGCGGUACGCCCGCCUCUCCGCGGAGGACGGAGAGAUCGCCGUGGACAUGAACAUUCCCUGGGGUGUGGCGGCGCUCCUGACGCUCAUCUACCUGGACGGGAAGUACUUCCUUAAGACCUGCGACGGCCGUUUCCUCAGCAACGACGGGAAGCUGUCGACGCAGAGCGGCAGGACCGCGGCGUACACGCUGGAGCUGAAGUGCGGGAAGCUGGCCUUUAAAGACUGCGAGGGGAAGUAUUUGUCUCCCAUGGGGCCGACUGGCACCCUCCGGUCCGGACGCUGCUCCAAACCGGGCAAAGACGAACUGUUUGACCUGGAGGAGAGCCACCCGCAGGUGGUUCUGAUGGCCGCCAACGGGCGAUACGUCUCCAUAAGACAAGGAGUGAGCCUGGCAGCCAAUCAGGAAGACGAGACGGACAUGGAGACGUUUCAGAUGGAGAUCGACAAGGAAACCAGGAAGUGUACGUUGCGCACCAGCCAAGGGAACCACUGGGACCUGGUGGCCCACGGAGGCAUCCAGAUCACCGCCUCGGGAGUGUCAGCGAACACCAUGUUUUCAGUGGAGUGGCUUGGCCACAAGAUGGCGCUAAAGGCUAAUAAUGGGAAAUACAUCUGCACCAAGAAGAAUGGCCAGCUGCUAGCAGUCAGUGACUCCAUAGGUAACACUCUAGGUAGCUGCUCUUCUCCAUCCAGCUCUUCUCUAACGGUCCAGCUCACUCUCACGUGUCUUUUCCCGCCAGGUGAGGACGAGCAGCUCACCCUGAAGCUCAUCAACCGGCCCAUACUGAUCCUGAGAGGAGAGAACGGAUUCAUCUGCCACCACAAGAACUCCAACUUGCUGGACGGCAGCAGAUCGGUCUACGACAUCUUCACCCUGCAGUUCAGUAACGGGGCGUACCAUGUCAAAGGCGUGGACGGUCGCUUCUGGUACGUGAACGGCGGCGGGCUGGUGUGCUCGGACGGCGAGGCCCCGGAGGAUUUCACCCUGGAGCUCCCGGAGCGCGGUCGCCUCGCCAUCCGCGACAAGAGGGGCAAAUACCUGCGCGGAGACCAGGGAGGCAUGCUGAAGGCCGACGGACUCGGCCUGAGCAGCUCGGCCCUGUGGGAGUAUUAACACAACGCCGGUAUUAGACGCUCCUCCCCAUCACAUGCCAUUCACCCCCCCCCCCCCCCCCCCCCCGAUUCAUGCUUUUCAUCAUGGAGGCGGGAGACAGACACUCAUCAGGAGACGGAGUCCUGACUCGUCUUCACCUCCUUGUCACAAAGAGGACAGCAGGAAGUUUGUGUGAAUAAACAUUCAAGUUUUUUUUUUUUUUUUAAAUGGCGUCUAGAUCUCUCAACGCCCUCGAACACUCUCAGAUGCAAACCCCAUCUUUUUUCUCUGCAUCAUCUUUCUCUUUCCUUCCACUCCUGACAGCGAUGACGUGACGUCAAGGCAACACAGUGGUGAUGAAGGUGUGUGAUGAUGAUGAUAAUGAUGAUGAUGACACUCCUCAGGGUGCCACUUGAGACAGACGUGGUCACCAUUACAAGUGAGGUCACCUUUCAGAAGUGAGGUCACCUUUCAGAAGUGACGAGCAUGUCUGAGGAUGAAGAGCGAUGGGCUGUAGCCAAGAGGUUUAUGGCGUAGUGUUAUCAAUAGGAAGCGACUGGUGGGAGGUGGAUUUUGCAUUUUUCUGUUUUGUUUUUCUAAAUUUUUUCUGUCUUUUAUGAACAUAAAGAAUUUUUUUUAAAUACACUUGUAUGACUGGUUGUGUUUUGUUUUUACCAAUGUCACAUUUCGACCAGGGUUUAUGAAUUGGGUGCAGUUUGUGUUACAGCGUCGGCCAGUGGUUCUCAAAUGGGGGUCCGUGAAGGCCCUCUAGGGGGUCCGUGAUAUUUGUUUUAAAUAUAUCUUUCUGGUCUUUUUGUGUCUCCUUGUGCACUUCUUGUGUCUCUUUGUGUUAUUUUGUGUUUCUUUAUGUUAUUUUGUGGUCUUCUUGUGUCUCUUUCUGGUCUUUUUGUGUCUCUCUUAGAGUAACAUUUCGUCGGUAAGAGCCAGGGGGGCACUUUAAGUCAUCCAUCCAUAAUUACCGUAUAUUAAUAUCCAAUGGUUGAAGACGUAAUAUAUUUGUAUUUACAGUGUUCUAUGACGCAAACACACAGCAGGGUAACGUUAGAAGAAUAUUAAUAAAUAAAUAUAAAUAAU